AUAGCGCAUCUUCCUCGCUUGACGCUGAGUUGAGAGAGAAGACACGAAUCGACAUGCUACCAUGGAGAAAUUCAAAAAUUGGAGAAAUUUAAUAACUAUAAAGCUUCUAUCAUACUUUUAACUAUUGAUAUGACCAAUGUAAUGAUUUAUUUUUUAGUUUAUAAUUUUACAGUUGCAACUUUUGUUUUUAUUUCUUUUAUUUUUACUAUUGCUAAUAAAUAUAUUGUAUUAGAGGUCAUCCACAUUGAAUAUUAGUUUGUUUACGUAUAUUCACCUAAGUGGCGUUUAAAAUGCUAAUUCAAAGCAAACUACGGGAGUGGUUAUCUAUUUACUUAUAUGAUCUGUGAUAGGCUUUGCCGCGUGAGCAUAAUGUCCAGCGAGAAGCAAGAAAUGGGCAAAAUGCCGAGAAUUACACGCAAAUCGAAAAGUGACGGCGCCACGCGAGGUAGCUGUACCCCUCCUCAAACACCCCAACGAUAUGAAGAAGAAAGAGUAGAGUGGAGGGAGGAAGAGAGACAAGUCGAUGAAGAGCGGGAAGGAGGAAGAAGAGGAGGAAGAGGCGGAGGAAGAGGAGGCAGAAGAGGAAGAGGAAGCUUCCUAAACAAAAAUCAAGUCAACCAACUAGUGCGGCGGGCACUACAAAAAGAAAGGAGGCGGAUGUAUGCUGGAGGAUACGCGUAUCAAGCGUACGUUCCUCCAGCAUACGCAGCACCGUCUCCUCCGCCGCCGAUGCAAUAUUCAGUGUUGCCACCGCCGCCGCCGACGGUGAUACAAAUGCCGCCACCGCCGCCGCCGCAACCGCCAACACCGUAUCCAUAUGGAUACGGUAAUUACUGGGUGUUUACGAUAACUAAUCGGAUCUCGGAUUGGAUUGAACAAUGGUACUCAACGUAAG